UUCACAUCGUGCAGUGUACCUUUAAAAGGUUGAACUCGCCAGUCUACGGUCUACGAACACUGGAUUGUAUUCCCAGUCGGCUCAGCUGUGUGUAGACUACCUUCCAGCAGUGACAUGGCAUAGAGGCGGUGUACUGUCAGCAGCAACAACAGCAGCAGCAGCAGCAUCAUCAUCCUGCACCAUGGACGCUCUCCGACAACCGAAGCGGAGCGGAGCCUUCGCCGCACUGGACACCAUGAUGCCCGUUUGGAUAUUACUGAGCGCGGUGUCAGGACUGAAGGCGGAGGAUGGCGGAAUGGAAGAGCUUACCACCGAGAAGGAGGCUGAGGAAAGUCACCGACAGGACAGCGUUAAUUUGCUGACAUUCAUUUUACUGCUGACCUUAACGAUUCUCACCAUAUGGCUCUUUAAGCACAGACGGGUCCGUUUCCUUCACGAAACCGGACUGGCAAUGAUUUACGGUUUGCUGGUAGGUGUGAUUCUGCGGUAUGGCAUCCCUGCCACCAGCUACCACAACAAGACACCCCCAAGCUGCUUGCUGAAGGAAGGACCUGUCAGCACCCUACUGCUUAAUGUCAGCGGCAAGUUUUUUGAGUACACCCUCAAAGGCGAAAUCAACUCCAGAGAGAUUCACAAUGUGGAGCAGAAUGAUAUGCUGCGCAAGGUGACAUUUGACCCUGAAGUAUUCUUCAACAUAUUGCUGCCUCCAAUUAUUUUCCACGCUGGGUACAGUCUAAAGAAGAGACACUUCUUCAGGAAUCUGGGCUCCAUCAUAACCUAUGCGUUUCUUGGGACUGCCAUCUCUUGUUUUGUUAUUGGGAAUCUGAUGUACGGUGUGGUCAAACUGAUGCAAGUGGUCGGACAGCUAACUGACAAGUUCUACUACACCGACUGCCUUUUCUUUGGUGCCAUCAUCUCGGCCACAGAUCCAGUGACGGUGUUGGCCAUCUUCAAUGAGCUCCACGCAGAUGGGGAUCUGUACGCUCUGCUGUUUGGAGAAAGUGUUAUGAAUGACGCAGUGGCCAUUGUGCUUUCCUCGUCUAUUGUGGCCUACCAGCCCAGUGGAGCAAACACACACAUGUUUGAUGCCUCAGCCUUCUUCAAGUCAGUGGGGGUUUUCCUGGGUAUUUUCAGCGGCUCCUUUGUGAUGGGUGCAGCCACAGGCGUCGUCACCGCUCUCGUCACCAAGUUCACCAAGCUGCACUGUUUCCCGUUACUGGAGACGGCCCUCUUCUUCCUCAUGUCUUGGAGCACCUUCCUGCUGGCCGAAGCCUGCGGCUUCACAGGCGUCGUGGCUGUGCUGUUCUGUGGCAUCACACAGGCUCACUACACCUACAACAACCUCUCUGCGGAGUCCACAAAACGCACCAAGCAGCUCUUUGAGGUCCUUCACUUCCUGGCUGAGAACUUCAUCUUCUCCUACAUGGGGUUGGCUCUGUUCACCUUCCAGAAUCACAUUUUCAGCCCCAUUUUCAUCAUAGGAGCUUUUCUUGCCAUAUUCAUUGGAAGAGCUUUCAACAUUUACCCGCUGUCCUUCCUUCUCAACCUCGGCAGAAGGCACAAGAUCAAAGGAAACUUCCAGCAUAUGAUGAUGUUUGCAGGUCUGCGUGGAGCGAUGGCGUUCGCUUUGGCCAUCCGGGACACGGCAACCUAUGCCCGCCAGAUGAUGUUCACCACCACGCUGCUCAUUGUCUUCUUCACUGUCUGGGUGUUUGGUGGUGGGACGACACCCAUGCUGUCCUGGCUACACAUCAGCGUUGCAUUGCAGGAAGAGCGACGCCAGCAUGGAAAGUGGCAGUACUUCAGUGUUGGUGUGGACCCGGAUCAAGACGCGGGGCCGUGUGGAGACAGCUUCCAGGUCUUACAGGGGGAUGGCCCCCAGGCUGAAGGACAAAGUAAAACCAAACAGGAGAGUGCGUGGCUCUUCAGACUGUGGUACACCUUUGAUCACAAUUACCUGAAGCCCAUUCUGACACACAGCGGCCCGCCUCUCACCACCACUCUGCCCGCCUACUGUGGGCCGCUGGCGAGCUGUCUGACCAGCCCCCAGGCGUAUGAGAACCACGAGCAGCUGAGGGACCAUGACUCUGACCUCCGUAACGACAGCGACCUGACGUUCACCUUCGGCGACACUGCCAUCACAGCCAACGGGGCAUCAGGCGGUGGCGCCGACGCAGCCGGAGGCUCGGGCUGGAGCGCCAACGGCAAAAGGAGCGGCAGCACCUCCGAGGAGGCGUUGGAGCGCGAGCUGGACUCCCGCGAGCAGGAACUGCUGAGCCGCGGCACGCGCCUGGUUUUCCCCAUCGAGGAUCACAUCUGACCCUCGCCCUCCUUUUGCCUGCACCGCCAACCUCCCUGACCUGACCCCCAGACCACCUCGCCCUCAGCCCCCCCCCAGCACAUCUUGCGGGCAGAACAUCCAGUCCUUCAGAGAUAAGACAGAGAGGAGAUGUGGGAGUAGACAAGAGGGGGAGGGUUCCCUCCAGGCCCGGGAGCAGAGCUCAAGGAGCAUUUCAUCCUCAUUACAAGCUGGAGUUUUUUCUUUUUUUAAUCUCCAGAAGUCAUGUAUCCUCUGGAGCGUCAGGAGAUCGUGCUGUUAUACUGCGAUUUUACUGAUGGUUUCCGAAACAGGAGGGACACCUUUAUGCAGGAUGUGAGGACAAAAUAAAAUAUCCACAUGCGAGAUUCAGUCUGCAUUUUUGAAAAUGUUUAGCUGGAGUGGAAAAGAAGAAGAGAAAAAAAAGGCCUGGCAGCCCUCUCUCGCUCAGCAUGUGAUCUGAUCAGUUUCAGAGUACACCGCUGAGAAAAUGCUAAGUGGCUUCUCCGCAAUCACACCCCAUCUACAUGUAGGUGCAGAAAUGAGGCCACACUAACCAAACUUGAAUAGUUUAUAGAUCAAACCGAGUUAUCUGGCAUAUUUGUACCAUUCAUCUGAAGCUGCUAAUGACCAGUGUUUGGUAUGUUUGUGAGGAUGUCCUUUAUUUCACACAAACGCAUCUGUGUGGAGGAGACUGUGGCAUGUGAGAGAGAGAGGCAGUGAAUGUGUUCCCCUCUCAGCCUACACAGCCCGUCAUGGGCAAAGUAACGGGUGAAGAAUGUGAGCAUGUAAAUAGCUACAAUGCAGAGCUUUGUUCCUCUCUAGUGGGACCGCUUCUUUCAGUGCAUUACAUCCCAUGACUGUUACAAAUGUGUAUCGAGUCUUUGAACUGGAUGUUUUUCUGUGUGCUGGGCUGGUUUUCAUAACGAUAACAUGAACAAGGAACAGAAGGGUUUUGAUGCUAAUUGUAUUGUUUCUUAUGAGAUGAUGCUGAUUUCCUAAAACAACAGACAUGAGAUGUGCCCUCUGAGCAAUUUCAGCACUGUGAAAUAAAGAGCAGGUCUUCAUCAUAAUUUGGAACGCUUUGCAAAAAUUCUA